CUCUUGUCCUAGUGACAGCUAGCAAAAUGGCUAUUCUCAGCAAACUAGUGUUUUGGGGAGCUCUAUUUCUUUCAGUGUAUCCCAUUGAUGCCCAUAAGACUAUACUUGAAAGACCAAAGCUUCAAUGGGGCCCCAAAACGCCAGGGCGGCCGUUCCCACACUCUCCUAAUCGCCACAAGACAUGUCAUGUUUCAAGCUCUUCUCAUCCUAAGAACCAAAAGAAUAUCGACAAUGCUCCCGAGAUUUUCAAAGCCUUCAAAGAAUGUAAUAGAGGUGGCCGCGUGGUACUGGAUGGCAGUUACACUAUUGCUUCCCCUCUGGAUCUUACAUUUCUGGAGGCUGUAGAUGUUGUUCUCACCGGCACCAUAAAAUUUUCCGACGACAUUGACUAUUGGGUGGUGAACUCAUUCAAGUAUGCCUUCCAAAAUUCAUCGGCCUUUUGGCGUUUUGGAGGGAAGGAUGUCAACAUCUACGGAGGGGGACACGGUUUAAUUGACGGAAACGGCCAGGCUUGGUAUGAUGCAUUUGCAACUAAUCCUACUCUUUUGCGACCUAUCCUGUUUGUUCUAGACGGACUCAAAUCAGGUUCUGUCACGGGCCUCAAAAUGCGAAACUCUCCUGAUUGGUUUAACCUUAUCGCUAAUAGCACCGAUAUCCUUGUCAGCGAUAUUGAUAUCGCAGUGCGUAGCGAGAGCAGCAAUCCGGCCAAGAACGGUGAUGGAUGGGACACUUUUAGAAGCAAUCGCGUCGUUAUACAAAACUCGCAUGUUAAUAACAGCGAUGACUGCGUGUCUUUCAAGCCCAACAGCACCAAUAUCAUCGUCCAAGGCUUGCAGUGCAAUGGCUCACACGGCAUCUCAGUCGGCUCUCUUGGUCAAUAUCCCGCAGAAUACGACAUAGUUGAGAACGUAUACGUAUACAACAUCUCAAUGUCCAAUGCUAGCGACGGCGCUCGUAUUAAGGUAUGGCCUGGUACAGAUACUCCAUUUCAACCUGGCCUAUCAGGAGGCGGAGGAGCGGGAUACGUGAAAAAUGUCACUUAUGACUCGUUUUACAACGACAACAACGAUUGGGCUAUCGAGAUCAACCAGUGCUAUGGCCAAAGCAACCAGAGUAUUUGCGAUAAGUAUCCUUCCAACAUGACCAUCAGCGAUGUCUUAUUUAAAAACAUGUGGGGAACAACAUCGUCCAAACAUGAUCCUGACGUGGGGACCCUGACAUGCUCAUCUCCCGAGAAAUGUAUAAACAUUGCUGCUCAAAAUAUCUCGGUGGCUAAUCCCAGUGGCAAAACGCCUCAAUGGAUCUGUACCAACAUGGAUGAUAGCCUUCUGGAUAUAAACUGCGUCUCAGCCAGCUCUUAA